AUGGAGCACAAUGGCAACAAUAAUGUCCCCAUGGAAGAGAGGGAGAGAUCUAGGGUGCGGAUGAGCACUGACCUUGGAUGUGCUCAGGGAAGUCAGGUGUGGGCGGGCGCCGUGGGGCACAGGCUGAGGGGGGCUGGGGCGGCUGGUCUGGCCCGAACCAGGCUGGACCACCUUUCUCUUGUGAAGUGGGACUUCGCGGGCGUCUCCAGCAAACUCAAGGAGGUGGCCCAGUCUCUCUUCGCGGCAGGCACAGUGACUGGGGGGACCGUGCCGGGAAAUCUAUCUGACAGCUACUGGUUUGGCCGCAACCUGACCCUGACCAGCAGCUACCUGCUGCUGGCAGCCAGUGGUUCCUGUGCAGCCUUCAGCCCCAACCUCCACGUCGACAUGAUCUUCAGCUUCCUGAGUGGCUGCAACACAGGCAUGGCCCUGAGCCCCGUUAUCUUGAGUGUCGAGCGUGUGUCCAUCCAGGCGCGGGCCAUCAUAUCAAUAAUUGGUUACUUCUAUACCAGCGGCCCGUUCUUUCUGACGGGUCUUGCCUAUGCCAUCCGCCAGUGGCUCUGGCUACAGUUAACCGUGUCCAUUCCCUUCUUCGCCUUCUUCCUGUCGUCAAGGUGGAUACCAGAGUCUGUAUGUUGGAUGGUCCUGUCUGGAAAGUUCUCAAAGGCCCUGAAAAUACUCUGGCAGGUUGCUGCCCUCAGUGGCAAGAAGGAAGAGGGAGAAAAACUCACCGUGGAGGAGCUCAAACGCAGCCUGCAGAAGGAGAUCUCCUUGGCCAAGGCCAAGUACAGCGUAGCUGACCUCUUCCGGACACCCGACCUGUGCCGUGUGACCUUCUGUCUUUUCCUGGCUUGGUUUUCUACUGGUUUUGCCUACUACAGUUUGGCUAUGAGUGUGGCAGAAUUUGGAGUCAACCUCUACUUCCUCCGGCUCAUCUUUGGUGGGGUUGACUUCCCGGCCAAGUUCAUCCACUUCCUCUCCAUAAACCAUCUGGGCCAACACAGCACCCUGGCCAGUGGUCUACUCCUGGCAGGAGGGUGCAUCCUGGCUCUCAUCUUUGUGCCCUCGGACUCGCAGACCCUGAGGACAGCCCUGGCUGUGUUCGGGAAGGGAUGCUUGUCCAGCUCCUUCAGCUGCCUCUCCCUCUAUUCGAGCGAGCUGUACCCCACGGUCAUUCGGCAAACAGGCAUGAGCAUUGGCAACUUGGGGACCCACAUGGGAAGCAUGAUGGCCCCGCUGGUGAAGAUCACAGGGGAGUGGCAGCCCUUGAUCCCCAAAGUCAUAUUUGGGACCAUCACCUUCCUGGGAGGCAGGGCUGCCCUCUUCCUGCCUGAGACCCUCAAUCAGCCCUUGCCAGAGACUAUCGAAGACGUGGAAACCUGGUCCUGGCAGGCAAAGGAACCAAAGCGGGAACCAGAAAUGGAAAAAACAUCCCAGAGGAUCCCUCUGGACCAGGCCUGGACCCCAGCUGAGGGCAACUGAGCCCCCCUUUCCCUGCCCUCCAGAAACUAAUCCUUGCCAGGUCCUUGCCUGCCUCUGGGCUCUGAGGACACCUUUGGGGGGCGGCCGUUGGUGGGGGGGGGGGCGGGGCACGGUGCUGAGCACAUCCAUGCUCCUGAACACAGUCUUCCGAAAGCUUGGUUGAGGGCAUCUCCACCACACCGGAGCUCCCAGCCCUGGCCAGUUCAAAGAUUCGGCCACAGGUCUUCCCACGCCCCACCCUUGCCCUCACCCUCCUUCAGCCCAGCCCUUCCCCACUGGCCACCUUCCCCCAUUGUUCCAGUCCCCUUCCUCUGAGGUCCCCUGGGCUCCCUGGUUCAGUCCUAACAAAGACAGCUUCCUCUUCUUGCUCCCCACCCCUUUCUUCCAUGGGAGGGUCCAAUAAAUGGCGAUGAAGAACUCAAACCAUGCUUGCGGCUCAGGAAUGGGCGUGGAAGGGAGAAGGGGGCAGGCCACCACGUGGACAUGCGCACUGCUCUCCCCUGCAUCCGUACUUGUGUGUAACACGUGGGUGUGGACACACAGGUACAGGCAAGCUGGGCUGAUGUGAACCUGUGUUCGCACGUGGGGGACUGAGGCAUGUAUAGGCCAAGCCUACGCGAGACGCUGCGACGACACGCCGCAGGUGCAUCGCUUAAACCACAAACGUGUCUUCCUCCCACUUCCGGAAGCUGGGAGGUCCGCGACGAGCGAGGUGCUGGCAGCCUCAGUUCCUGAUGGGAGCCCGCUUCCGGGCUUGUAGGCGGCCGCCUUCCCAUUAUGUCCUCACUUGGCCUGGGGAGAGAGUGAGAGGAAGCAAGGUCUCUGUUGUCCCUUCUUAUGAGGAUGCGAAUCCCGACGUGAUGCCCCACCCUCGUGACCUCAUCUAUCCCUAAUCACCUUCCAAAGGCCCCCACCUGCAAUUACCAGCACACCGGAAGUUAGAGCACCAACAUUAAACGUGGGUGAUGACGCAAUACAGUCCGUGCAAGUCCUGGGCUUAGAAAUGAGUGUGUGUGUGUACGUGUCCCAGCGUGAGUGUGGGCAGAGGACCGGAGCAGCCCAGAGCAGCUGCGGGCGGAAGCCCGCGCUCCUCCAGUCCCCAUCCACCAGCCCUGCUCGCCGCAGGUCUCUGAUCGGUGUCGCGGGCCCAUGCCACCGGACAGGUCUGUCUCCUAUUUAAGGGGGGAAACCGCAGACACAGCUGAAGGCUGUGGAUGUCACCCCAUGCUCCCCGAGUUCCCGCCAAGCACGGCAGAAGGUCAUUCCUCCCAACUGGGGCUCCGCAUCCAGCCCAUCCAGCAGGCAGCCUUCCCCCUGGGAUCUCCACCCAUUCGCUCUCUUCCGGCUCUUUCUCAUCACCGGUUAAAUAAGCCCCAGCCUCUCCUAUCUUACCAAAAACCAACCAAACCAACCAGCCCUCCUUGGCGCCAUAUCUCCCUCCAGGGGCCACACUGUCUCUCUCUCCCCUUCUGCAGCUAAACUUUGGAAAGGAGCUGGGUGCCUCCCUGGCUUGCACCUUCGAACCCUGUACAUCUCCAGACUGCACUCUGACCCAGAGGCAAGUAGAUCAGAGAAAGCCAGUUGCAGAGAAAGAACAAAGCAAGUGCACGGAGAAAAGGAGAAGAGAUACAGGGGCCCAGAUAAAAAGACUUGGUGAGACUAUUUGCAUUGAUUCUUUUUUUUUUUUUUUUUCUUUAAUGAUUAUUUAUUUUUGACAGAGAGCAGGGAGCAGAGAGAGAAUUUCAAGCAGGCUCCACACCG